AUGAAUCGUCAAAAACCUUUUCAGCAAAUGAAUGAGAUUAUUAAGCGUGGAAUGCCUAAGGGAAAAAACGCUUUCACGGGAACUGGCCUAAUUCUGGCUCUGGGUCUGGCUGGAUUUGCCGUUCAAACUUCUCUAUUCAACGUGGACGGUGGUCACCGUGUGAUUAAAUAUAGUCGUGUUGGAGGUGUGAAGAACUUCAUUUAUCCUGAAGGAACGCAUUUCCUCAUUCCUUGGAUCGAAACUCCUAUUGAUUACGAUGUCCGUGCGAAACCCAGAAAUGUCUCUUCUUUGACCGGUACAAAAGAUCUUCAAAUGGUUAACAUCAACUGCCGUGUUCUUUCUCGUCCUGUCGUUGAGGCUUUACCCAAAAUUUACCGGACCUUAGGUGGAGAUUACGACGAGCGAGUCUUACCAUCCAUCGUCAAUGAGGUUUUGAAAAGCGUUGUUGCACAAUUUAAUGCCAGUCAAUUGAUUACUCAACGUGAACGUGUAUCUCGAUUGGUUCGUGAAAACUUAAUGAAGCGUGCUGCUAGAUUUAAUAUUCUUUUGGACGAUGUCUCUUUGACACAUGUUCAAUUUUCCCCUGAGUUUACAGCAGCCGUAGAGGCUAAACAAAUUGCUCAGCAGGAUGCACAAAGAGCUACCUUCUACGUUGACCAUGCUCGCAUGGAGAAGCAAGGAUUUAUUGUUCGUGCUCAAGGUGAGGGUAGAGCAGCCCAAUUGAUUGGUGAUGCCAUAAAAAAUAAGCCUGGCUUUGUUGAACUUCGUAGACUGGAAACAGCUAGAGAAAUUGCAACUAUUCUUUCCAAGAGUAAUAACAAGGUUAUGCUGAGCGCUAGCACCCUUUUACUGGAUAACUAG